GACGACAUCAAUCAGUCGAGUCGAGUUUUUCAGCAGAAAGCACAUAAAUUUAUUAACGAACCCAACUAUGAGGAGCGUGCAAAAAUAACCGAAUUUACUGGCGAAUUGCAAUAAGGAAAAAUCAGACAAUCAGACAAUCGGACAAUUGGACAGUGAGCGAGCGAACUUUGUGUGUCAUAAUAAAUGCUCCUGUUGCCGUUCGUGAUGAAAUUAUUUAUGAAAAAUAAAUGGAGGUUUUCCCUCUGGAUGUUGGUCCUGAUGCCACUGAUGGUACUGCUGCAGGGGGAGGCCUCCGCUGCCGCUGACACGACCACAAAUGCAACAUGCAGACACGCCGCGGACAUGUGGGGAGAUCCGGACCCCAACAUAUUCUACGUGUGCUCGGAUGGCGGGCAACCGCUGCAGAUUCGUUGUCCUGCGGGUCGGGGAUUUUUCAGCGGUCUCGGCCACCUCGGCUGCCUGCCCUUCGCCCACUGGCCAGCCUGCCGGCCCUCGGAGGAGCAGGUGGCCACCACCACAGCUGGCUGUGACGCUGACGGCCACCUCGCCUCGCCCUGGGCCUCUCCGGAUCCCAAUCAGUUCUACCUGUGCUCCGGGCCAAAUGGCACACCUCUGCUGCUCAACUGCGCCGCCGGCAAAGGAUUCGUGGCCAAUUCGGAGGCGACUGGCUGUGCGGAUUGGUCACAUUGGCGCCGCCAGAUGCAGUGCGAGGCCUACUAUUGAUCUGUGUAGAACCCCUUUCAAUAAUACCAUUCGAUGGCCGCUCUUGUUUACCCCCAACUCGAAUCUUGUUUAACUUAUUGGGUAAACAUACUGCGCCAUUUGACUCACUAGUUCUAUCUGUAAAUAAAGUAAAAAGUAUA